AUAGAGUAUACUUGUAUAAAAAUAAGGCAAUAGGAUCUCGAUGUUCCAACUCCCAAGACGACUUUUGUACGUAGUAGACUGCUUUUUAUUGCCUGAGCAACCUUAUACAUAUAAAACCCACACCACCAACUACAUUAGUUGGUCCAUUUUCUUCAUCUUUGUUUCCCCUAAAAAAUAAUGUCAUAGCCAUCAUUUCCUUAUACUCUCUUUUCUCUCAAGAGCUAUCUUCUUCAAAAAUGGCGGCUGCUGCUUUGAAUAGGAUCAGACUGAGCAACCUUCCUCGGCUAACAUGGUGGUGCCGCUACAUGAUUGUGGCGAUUAUGAUUGCGUCGUGCUCAUCUGCUCAAGCGCAGAAUACUACUCGCCGAGCUACCACCGCUCCGAUUGAAGUCCAAGCUUUGAAUACAAUUCUAGAGCAGUGGCAAACUCCUGCAAACACUGACCAGUGGAAUACAACAGGAGAUCCUUGUUCGGGUGCAGCCCUUGAUGAGUCUAUUACUAUUGAUGACACUGGCUACAACCCCUUCAUAAAAUGUGAUUGUACUUAUAAUCGUAACACUACCUGCCACAUUACUGCUUUGAAGGUAUAUGCACAAGAUGCAAAAGGCGUGCUACCAGAUGAGCUCUGGAAUUUGGUCUACCUCACUAACUUGAGGCUGGGACUAAAUUACUUGACAGGCCCUAUUUCUUCAGGCAUUGGAAACUUAACUCGCAUGCAAUGGCUAGAUUUCGGUACUAAUGCAUUCUCUGGACCAAUUCCGAAAGAACUUGGUAAACUUACUGAUCUGCGAUCACUGGGUAUUGGUGCAAACAAUUUUUCUGGUUCUUUGCCAUCAGAGAUUGGAAACCUGAAAAAAUUGCAACAAUUGUACAUUGACAGUUCUGGUGCAAGUGGUGUAAUCCCUUCAACAUUUGCAAAUUUAAAAGACUUGCAGACUGUGUGGGCAUCAGACAUGGAAUUAACGGGUUCUAUACCUGACUUCAUAGGGAACUGGAGCCAACUAACAGAACUGAGGCUUGAAGGAAACUCAUUCCAUGGACCAAUACCAUCAUCAUUUUCCAAACUAACCUCAUUGCAGCAGUUGAGAAUAAGUGGCUUGUUAAAUGGGAGCUCUUCUCUGGAUUUUGUAACUAGUCUUACGUCCUUAAACAUCUUAGUUCUGAAAAAUAACAACAUCACAGGCCCCAUACCUCGUAGUAUAGGAGCACUGGAAAGUUUGACACAAUUGGACCUAAGCUUCAACAGCUUAACAGGACAAAUUCCAGACUCUGUCUUCAGUCUCAGCACUCUUGCUUACUUGUUUCUUGGAAAUAAUAGGCUUACCGGGGCUCUUCCUUCUCAGAAAAGCUCAUCUCUGACUACUAUAGAUUUGUCCUACAAUCAUCUAUCUGGGAGCUUCCCUUCUUGGGUCAGCCAAACGAAACUACAACUUAAUUUAGUUGCAAAUAAUUUCUCCGUACAAGGCUCAAACAGCAGAUCUUUGCCAUCAGGGUUGAACUGUUUGCAGAACGGAUUUCCUUGCAACACUGCUGUUGGACGUUUUUCUGACUUUGCAAUUAACUGUGGUGGUCCACAAAUUAGAGCAUCAAAUCAAGUUGUAUAUGAAAGUGGAAAGCAGACGCUUGGUCCUGCUACUUAUUUUGUGCCAAGCAGUGAUAAGUGGGCUGUCAGCAAUGUUGGAUUGCCAGCAUCAAACAACAAUGUCACUUAUACAUUUGACAGUCCGCGCCAAUUUGCUAGCCAAGACUCUGAAUUAUUUCAAACAGCUAGACUGUCAGCUGGAUCCCUACGGUACUAUGGACUCGGGCUUCAGAAUGGUAAUUACAGCGUGCUCCUACAGUUUGCAGAGAAUCAAAUUGAAGACAGUGGUACAUGGAAAAGUCUUGGAAGGCGUGUGUUUGAUAUUCUUAUUCAGGGAAAUCGGGUGGAAAGAGAUUUUGACAUACGCAAGGCGGCAGGGGGUCGUUCAUAUAGACCUGUUCAGAGAAACUAUACAGCUCGGGUGACUGAAAAUUUUCUUGAAAUACAUCUUUUCUGGGCUGGAAAAGGAACAUGCUGCAUACCUGUCCAGGGAGCUUAUGGACCUUUGAUAUCAGCUCUCAGCGUUACUCCAUUGUUUCAACCAAGACCUAUAAGCUCAACAACAAGUCAUACAGCUGCUAUAAUUGUCGGAAUAGUUGUUCCCGUUAUUCUUCUUGCGCUUCUUUCUUUGGGUGCAUGUUGGUUUUUUAAAAGAAGAAAGAGAUUGCGUGCAGCACAAGAUGAGUUGGCAGGCAUCGAUGCCAAAGCAUAUAGUUAUGCUGAACUGAAGUCAGCAACUGGAGAUUUCGACCCUUCAAACAAGCUUGGUGAAGGAGGCUUUGGAUCUGUCUAUAAGGGAAUCCUGAAUGGAAAUGUAGUUGCAGUCAAACAGCUGGCUGUAACAUCUCAUCAAGGGAAAGACCAAUUUAUAACAGAAAUAGCUACGAUAUCUGCAGUACAGCACCGAAACCUUGUAAAGUUAAAUGGAUGUUGCAUUGAUGGGCAAAAGCGUUUGCUUGUUUAUGAGUACCUAGAGAACAAGAGUCUUGAUAAAGUCUUGUUCGGAGAGAAUAAAUUGGAACUUAAUUGGGCUAAGCGCUUUGAGGUGUGCUUGGGGGUGGCAAGAGGCUUGUCUUACCUUCAUCAAGAAUCACGCCUUCGAAUCGUGCACAGGGAUGUUAAAUCCAGUAAUAUCCUGCUCGAUUCAGAUCUUAAUCCCAAAAUUUCAGACUUUGGUCUAGCCAAACUUUAUGAUGAGAAAAAGACUCACAUGAGCACUAGUGUUGCCGGCACAAUUGGAUACCUUGCACCGGAGUAUGCCAUGCGUGGCCAUCUUACAGAAAAGGUCGAUGUGUUUGCUUUUGGUGUUGUUGCUCUAGAAAUAGUCAGCGGGAGAUCCAAUCAUGUGCCCACCUUACCUAAGGAAGAGAUGUACCUUCUUGAUUGGGCAUGGCAUCUAUAUGAGAACGGAUUAGACAUAGAGCUUGUUGAUAAGAGAUUGAAAGUAUACAACAAGGAUGAGGUGAAAAGAGUGAUCGAAAUAGCAUUCUUAUGCACCCAAACAUCACCAGGGCAACGCCCUGCAAUGUCUCGUGUGUUGGCGAUGCUAUCUGGGGAUGUUGAAGUGGGAACUAUUCCAUCAAAGCCAACAUACUUGACUGAUUGGGCAUUUGAUGAUAACUCUAGUUUUAUUACCAGUGAAGCUUCAGAGUAUUCAAGAGCUGGAUAUUCUUCUACAACUACAAGUAAUUACACAACUAGUUGAGGUCUGAAUUCGCCUGCUGAUAGUGAGCCUUGUUCUCAGAGGAUCUAUCAUUUCAGUUAUUUGUAUAGUCAUUUAAGUUUGGAAAGCUGAUCGUAUAUCAGCUGAAAGUGUCAUAUAAAAACAACUUUCUUAUAUGUAAACCGCAGUAAUAUUGUUAAUGACUUUGUUUCAGUUUUUAAAUUUGGUUUGCUUGUUCAGAAAUUUUCAAUCAAUAGUCUACAUGUAUUUUGGUUUGCUUAUUCAGAAAUUUUCAAUCAAUUGUUUACAUGUAUUACGAGGGUGCUCCUUGAAAAGAAAUUUUUCAAUCAAUAGUUUAUUAAGAGUUUGAGUGUGCUA